AGAUGACAUCACGGUAGCGGGGGUGGGACCUGUGGUUGCAUUGGGCUCUCCUUCCGCUGAGGGUGCCGCCUGAAGACCGUUCCGUGGGCGACGCCGUCGCUAUGACCAUUUGUCAAUUCUUCCUUCAAGGCCGGUGCCGCUUUGGAGACCGGUGCUGGAACGAACAUCCCGGCGCCGGGGGUGCGGGCGGGGGACGGCAGCAACAGCCCUCAGGUAGUAACAGACGUGGAUGGAAUCCCUCCAGCCAGAGAUACUCGAGUGUUAUCCAGCCAUCCAGCUUCUCCAAAUCCACACCAUGGGGGGGCAGCAGAGAUCAAGAAAAGCCAUCUUUCAGUUCUUCGGAUUCUGGAGCUUCAAAUAGCAGGAACAGGGGGUUUGGACUAUCCCAGAAUCCAUUUGCUUCACCCAGCUCUGAUGAGCAGAAAGAUGAAAAGAAACUUCUAGAAGGAAUUAUAAAAGAUAUGGAAGUUUGGGAAUCAUCAGGGCAGUGGAUGUUUUCUGUUUAUUCGCCAGUGAAAAAGAAGCCUAAUAUUUCAGGUUUUACAGACAUUUCACCAGAGGAAUUGAGGCUUGAAUACCAUAACUACUUAACCAGCAAUAACUUACAGAGUUAUCUAAAUUCCCUCCAACAGUUAAUAAAUCAGUGGAGAAACAGAGUAAAUGAACUGAAAAAUCUAAAUACAUCGGCUAACAUAGCUUCGCUCUCAGAUGUAAAGGGUGGAGUAAAUCAAGCAGCAGCUACAUUUGGAUUUGGCAGUAUGCGAGGAAUAACAUUUGGGCCACCAGGUUUUCCAGUGCAUAACAGCAGCAGUGCUAAUGCUCAGAAUUUUAGUUUUAAACCAAGCUCUGGAUUUGCCUCUGCCGCUUCUGGAAGUCCUUCUGUGUUUGGGAAUACUCCAGCGUUUGGAGCUGCACCCCCUGCCAGUUCUGUCAUCACUACUUCCACUCCAACAUUUGGAUUUGGGAAACCUGCAAUCACAUCUGCUGCUUCAUUUUCUUUUAAAAGUCCUGUAGCUUCCGGUUUUGGAUCACCUGGAUUUUCAGGAUUUCCAGCUCCCAUGGCAGCAGGCUCUGUUGGAGCCCCAGCCUUUGGAAGUGGCAAUUCUGUGGCUGGUUUUGGUAAUCUAGGCUCACAUUCUCACAGUGCUUUUUCCAAGUCAUCCAGUGACACCUUUGGAAAUAGCAGCAUAUCCACCUCUUUACCAGUCUCAAAUGGCAGCAUCACAACAGAUAAUGUGUUAUUCACACCCAAGGAUCAACUAACAGCAGAAGAACUGGAGCAGUUUCAAUCCAAGAAAUUUACUCUGGGAAAAAUUCCAUUAAAGCCACCACCUGUGGAACUUCUAAAUAUUUGAAAGGACAAUUUUAAAUACAGAAAAGAACAGCUCUUAAAGUUAUUUUGAGUGGUUCAUAUAUAAUUUCUCUGAGUGGUUCAAAUAUAUACAUAUAUAUGUACAUAUAUACGUUUAAGGAAUAUAAGCUUUCAAUAGUAACUUCAGGGGUUUUGAAAUUCAAUAUUUUUUUCAUAAAAAAUACUCAAGAGGUUUUUUUUUUGUUUUUUUUUUUUUACUUUAAUUAUGAAUGGAACUGGAAAAACUGUCAGUGUGCACUGAAUUCUACAUCACUUUACUGUCAUACCCUUUAAAGGUUUACCUGUAAACAUUUUUUUUUUUAGGAAGGAGAUCUUUCCUAAAGCCAUUAGGGGAAAAAAAUGCUUAAAUAUGUAGCUUAUUUACCAAAUAAACAUCAGUAACAUCACUUUCCUUUAUGUUAAAAUUCUCUUAAAGAGAAAUAAGUUUUUAAAGGGCAAAAAUGUAUUUUUCAGGUCUGUGGAGACAUUUUCCCCUCAUAAUUUUGUUUCCCCCUCAGUUUUAACUUUCUCAUGGGCCACUAUUUGAGUAUUCUUCAUCAGUUUUAGGCAAAUUCUUAAAUGGGCCCAGGAUUGUAAGAGAAAUGGAAAUUGUGGUCUCAUGUGAAUAAAUAGUGUCUGUGGUGGGGUCAAGAUUCACCAGCUCUAGUGAGCUUCUCUUGGAAUUCUCAUACAUGUUGGGUAUCCCUGUGUCCUUAGAUGGAGAGAGGAAUGCUUCUAUCUCUUAUGUACAGUUGACACAAGAAGCCAAAGACUUGUCAUGAGUUGAGGCAUAUGUAUCAGAGUUCUGUGCUCCUCCCUCAAGCCUCCAGAAGGACAUAGCUAG